CCUCCGGGUCCUGGAGCCCUGCUGGCAGAAGGGGAGCGAAUGGGAGUCUCCACAGCCCCGCCGCCCUCCCGCAGUAUGAAAACCCUGAAGAAGCGGCGGCUAGAAGUACUGAGCUCCUGCUAUACUGAGCUUCUUCUCUUCCUCCUCUUCACGUCGCUCUGGUAUUUCUCUGUUCUCUGCUUGGUGUGGUUCUUCCUGGACCGGGACACACCUGCCCAAGGAGGAAGGCGUUCUGAGUGGAUGAGGAACUGGACUGUUUGGAAGCACCUAAGGGAUUAUUUUCCCAUAAAACUGGUGAAAACGGUAGAGCUGCCCCCUGACCGGAACUACCUGCUGGUCGCUCACCCACAUGGGAUCAUGGCCAUGGGAAUCCUCUGUAACUUCUCCACUGAGAGCUCCAGCUUCUCCCAGCAGUUCCCCAGGCUUCGGCCCUUGACGGCCAUGCUGAAUGGCCUCCUCCAUUUCCCAGUCUACCGAGGCUACCUUCUAUCCUUUGGACGAUGUUCCGUGGACCAGCAGAGCCUGGAUUUUAUUCUGUCUCAGCCUCACGUCGGGCAGGCUGUGGUCGUCCUGGAGGGGGCCCACGAGUCCCUGUAUGCCGUCCCAGGGGAGCACUGCCUCACUGUCCAGAAUCGGAAAGGCUUUGUCCACCUGGCACUGAGGCACGGCACUUCUCUGGUGCCCGUGUACUCCUUUGGGGAGAAUGAUAUCUUCAGAGUUAAGGCUUUUGCCCCAGACUUGUGGCAGCAUCUGUGCUAGAAGAUGCUGGGCUUCAAGAAGCUCCUGGGCUUUUCUCCUUGCAUCUUCCGGGGCUGUGGUCUCUUCUCAGCCAACUCCUGGGGCCUGGUGCCCUUCUCCAGGCCCAUGACCACUGUGGUGGGCUGCCCCAUCCCGGUGCCCCAGUGUCUCGGGCCCACCGAGGAACAGGUUGACCACUCUCACAUGCUCUACGUGAAGGCUCUGGAGCAGCUGUUUGAUGAGCACAAGGAAAGCUGCAGUGUCCCAGCUUCCACUCGCCCCACCUUCAUCUAG